UUCCUUAACAAAGUGCAAACAUGUUCCUCUCCAUAUUCCUUGCUGUUAUGAAUAGUUCACUGUCUUCCUAAUUAUACAUCUAUUAAUAUGUGGCAUUCAUUGCAUCUCCCUCCUGGUAGAUGGUUUGGGGUUUGUUUUUUUUUUUAAGUAAGUUUGCACCUUAGAUUGAUCUGGCCUCUAUUGAGGCCCUGACCUGGAAAAGGGUUGGGUGCUAUCCUUUGCUCUUCGCUGCAGUCUUUCAUGAGGAUGGUUAUUACUAAUGUUAGUGCAGCUGGCUCUCUCCUCCACACCACCACUGGGAGGCUCAGGAGAGUGCUGUGGGGUCUGAUGCUGAUCCUGUCUGUAGCUAUCUAUGGUGCUCAUGCUCCCCUACUGACUCUGUGCAAAGUAGAUGGGAAGAUCCUAUUCAGCUCCUCAUCUGUUGUGGUCCUUAUUGAGCUGACCAAGCUGGUACUCUCCUUACUCUUUUUGCUGAUUUGGGACCGAAAACUACUGCGACGAUCUGUUUCAUGGAAUCACGCCACCCCCUUUGCCCUCUCUGCACUAUUAUAUGCUGCUAACAACAACCUUGUGGUUCACAUGCAGCUCUUUAUGGAUCCUAGCACCUACCAGGUCCUAAGUAACUUGAAGAUUGGCAGCACUGCUCUCCUUUAUAGCUUGUUCCUGCACCAAAGGCUCUCUCUGCGCAAGUGGCUGGCCCUCUUCCUGCUAACAGCUGCAGGGGUGAGCUACACCUACGGAGGUCUCCAGGAUUUGCAGCACCCCACCAGCACCUCCAGAAUGCAGCUGCACAUCACUCUCCUUGGCUUGCUGCUGAUCUCCAUGUACUGCCUGAUAUCUGGCUUGUCUGCUGUUUAUACUGAAGUCAUCCUGAAAACCCAAGACCUCCCUCUGAACCUCCAGAACUUGUUUCUUUAUUCCUUUGGAGUCCUGCUAAAUGUGGUUGUCCAUCUCUUGAGCAGCAGGGGGACUGGAUUCCUGGAGGGAUUCUCAUCCUGGGUGCUGGUAAUCAUUGUCAGCCAGGCUCUGAAUGGCUUGAUCAUGUCUGUAGUCAUGAAGCACAGCAGUAAUAUUACCAGGCUUUUUGUGAUCUCCUGCUCCAUACUGGUGAAUGCCCUGCUGUCUGUUGUACUCUUCAACCUGCAGCUCACCACCUUUUUCUUCUUCGCUGUCCUGUUAAUUGGGCUGGCUGUUCACUUGUACUAUGGAGCCACAUAAGCUCUACCUCCCUGUCUUGCAAGAUACAGCUGGUUAUUGAGGCAA